CAGCGGCGGCGACAUGCCGCGCCCCAGCCGCGACUCGUACGGCGACCAGAAGCCGCCCUACUCGUACAUCUCGCUGACGGCGAUGGCCAUCUGGAGCUCGCCCGAGAAGAUGCUGCCGCUGGCGGACAUCUACCGCUUCAUCACCGACCGCUUCCCGUACUACCGGCGCAACACUCAGCGCUGGCAGAACUCGCUGCGGCACAACCUCUCCUUCAACGACUGCUUCGUCAAAGUGCCGCGCCGGCCCGACAGGCCGGGCAAGGGCGCCUACUGGACGCUGCACCCGGCCGCCAUCAACAUGUUCGAAAACGGCUCCUUCCUGCGCCGCCGGAAGAGGUUCAAACUCCCUAAGGUAGAGAAGGAGGCCCUGGAGGCGGGGCUGGCGAGCAUGGCGUCCUCGCUCCACCCGGUGGGCGCGGGCGGCGCGCCGGCCACGACGCUGCCGCGGGCGCUGGCGGCGCCGCCCAAGUCGUUCAGCAUCGACAGCAUCAUCCAGCAGGACGCGCCGCCCCCAGCCGCCCCCGUACCCGCUCUGCAGCCACCUCCUCAGCCGCAGCCGCAGCCGAUGCCGCCCACGCACUCUCAGCCUCCGCAGCUGCCUCCGCCCGCGCUGCCCGUCAUGCCCACACCCCUAGAUUUCAACCGGCUGGUGCUGACGACGCUGCAGACGGAGCGGGCGUCGCGCUGCUCGUCGGGGCUGUGCCCCGCGGCGGCGGCGGCCGUGGCGGCGUCCUACGUGUCGGCGUGCCUGCACCACCCGCCCCCGCAGCCGCAGCCGCCCCCGCCGCCCCCGGCCGUGUGGCUGCCGCCGCUGGCGCCGCAGUCGUACCCCUACUCUUACUCGUACCUGCACGCGGCCACGCUGUACGCCGCCGCGCUCGGCCUCCUGGGGCCCGCCGCCGCCUCCACGACGGCCGCCGGCGCCGCGGCGCUGCCCAAGGCGCCACCCCUCAAGCCGCACGCGCUGCCGCCCCCGGCGCACGGACUCGCGCUGCCGCCGCCCGCGCCGCCGGCCACUCCCUUCCUCGACGUCGUCGACUCCAGCUCCAACAGCUCCACCGACUUGUUCACCGCACACGUCAAGGCCGAGCUCUAG